AUGCAUUGUGGGUUAAUUUAUGACAAUGUCGAAGCACAGUUGAAGAAGAUUUUUGAUUUGGAAUCAAUUGGUAUCAGAGAUGAUCCCAAUUCUUACGAUGAAGAUAAAGCAUUAGAGAUAUUCAACAAAACUGUUAGUUUCAAAGAUGGUCGUUAUAUUGUUAGUUUGCCUUGGAAGAAACGUUGGGAACAUUUAGGCGACAAUUUUGGUGUCGCAGAAAAAAGAAUAAAAAUCCUGAUGAGAAAAAUGCAGCAUGAUAAUACAUUAUACCUGAAAUAUAGAGAAACUUUAGAAGAGUACCUAAAUCAAGGGAUAAUAGAAAGAGUAUUAGAUUCUACGAAACCAGUAAACAAGCCAGUUUUUUAUAUGCCGCAUCAGGCAGUUUAUAGAGACGAAAGCAUUACAACAAAAAUGCGUAUUGUAUUUGAUGCGAGCUCACAUGAAAUAGGUAGUCUGUCCCUGAAUGAUUGUUUGUGGCCAGGAGCAGAUGAUGUAUCAGAAGCCUUAAAAACUUCAAGGGAAGCAAAGGAAAUUAUGCGUGGAGCUGGAUGA